AUGGAGAAACUGUCAGCAAUGUGCGGGAAAUUUUCUUUGUCAGAGAGUGAGGAGAAUAAGUUUCAAGUGCAAGAUGAUUUAUUAGGUGAGGAGUUCCUUUUGGCGGCACGUUUCUUCACUGUGAGGGCGAUCAAUAUAGAGGCUAUUGGUAGAACUCUCAAACUGUUGUGGAGAACAAAGAAAGGUUUUGAAGUCAGAGAUAUGGGGAACCAUAGGGUUUUAUUCAUCUUCUCGGAUGAGACGGAUUUAGAUUGGGUUUUGAAGGGUGAACUAUGGACGUUUGAUAAGCAUUUGGUAGCAUUGAAGCGAGUAGAGAAAACGGUGAACAUUCAGGAGGUAACCUUCGACAGUACAAGGUUUUGGAUCCAAGUCCAUGACCUUUCGAUUCGGAGUUCAUCGUUGAUCGUAGCAAAAAAAAUUGUGUCUCUGGCCGGGGUGGUGGAUGAAGGAGAAACCAAAGUGGAGGAUCCUGAAAAUUAUAAUUUUAUGCGUGUUCAGGUAGCGGUUGAUAUUACUAAACCCUUGUGCCGAGGGAGGAAGAUUUCUACAGCUAGUGGUAAGAAGGGCUGGGUGAACUUCAAGUACGAACGACUUCCGAAUAUAUGUUAUGGCUGUGGACGGCUUACACAUAGCGAUAGGGAAUGCCUGGCUUGGACAAAGAACGAAGAUCUCUUACGCAUGGGGGUCCGGCAGUUUGGGCCAUGGUUGAGAGCCUCAACCCCACACCCUUUUAAGAAGAGUGUGAUCCAGGUAGAAGGCUAUGAAGAGGAUAGUAUUCCAGUGGAUACCUCUGACAUUCCAGAUGUUUCUGUGAAAGAUCAGAGGGACAAGGCGAGGAUUAUUGAUCCUCAUGAAGAGGAAAUUGGGGAGCACGGCGGUGAAAGGGAGGAGGUCGACAGAGAGGUCGAGAGUUUGGGUCCUACGGUGGUGCAACGGACAGAUUUGGCAGCCACGGAAAUCACGGAGGUAACGUCUCAUAAUAAUGAAGUUAUUACUGAGAUUAAUAAUAAUGCAGAUUUUUAG